GACGAUAUGACGUCGUAAGAUUGCGCCGCGCUCCUACGUCUGUUUUGUUUUGGCUGAGGAAAGCGUGUCUAAACACCUGGUGAAGCAGCUGAGAUCCAUAUGUGACACAAUUGUAAAGAUGGCUUUUAUUAAAGAGGAGAGUGAAGACAUCAGGAUUGAAGAAGUAUUCAGUGUGAAACAAGAAGAUACUGAGGAACAAACAGCCUCAUGUGAUUGGACCCUUCUCAAUGACUCCUAUUCCCGCACAUUGGCUUGUCAAUUGACUGGUACUGAUGAAUGUGGAAGCCAGCAAGCGCAAUUUCUCUUCGGGAUGAAAGAAAAUUCAGUUUUAUCUUUACAAAAAUACCCUUUUACAAAGCGUUCACACAAAGAAAAAAAAAGGAUCAAGGAGCUUGGACCAGAUCAACCCAACUUGCAAAUUCAACAGCAGUCAAGUAAUCGCGGGCGAAUAUACACUCGGGCCUUCUCCAGCACUUCUUACGGCAAGCGGAGUUGGCUAGCUGGAUGCAAUGUAAGUCAUGCCUUUUAUUGUUUUCCCUGUUUGCUGUUUCAAAAUCCUGGCACCGAAACGUCGUGGACAACGACAGGAGUGCGCGAUUUAAAACAUCUCUCUGAAAAGUGCAAACGACAUGAAAGUAGCCGCAGCCAUCUUGACAACGCUAUGAGGCUACAGUUUAUCGGGAAGCUUAGCAUUGCUGAACAGCUGGAUGAAGGCUACAGGCUUGGCAUUCGAAGGCACAAUGAGGAGGUCGCAAAAAACCGGCACAUCCUUUCUAGAAUAAUAGACUGUGUGAAAUUUUGCGGCGCGUUUGAGCUGGCUUUGCGUGGCCAUGAUGAGAUUGAGAGCUCAGAGAAUCCCGGGAUAUUCCGCGGCUUGGUGGAUUUUGUUGCUUCCCUUGAUGGAGUGUUAAAAGAGCACCUUGAGAAUGGCACUUUGUUUAAGGGAACCUCAAAAAUGGUGCAGGACGAGCUGUUGGACUGUAUGUUGUCUGUUGUGAAGGAACACAUAAUCAAAGAAGCACAGAGCAGCGACUUUCUCUCAAUCCAGGUUGACGAGACCACUGACAUUGCCACACAGUGCCAACUUGUGCUUGUGCUGCGCUACAUUGAUGCCAAAAGCAAUGUCCAGGAGAGGUUUUUUGAGUUUAUUCCGCUGCAUUCGGCUACGGCUGAUUCCAUCGCCACUGCACUGAAAGAGCGUCUCGCUGUCAUCCUUCCUGAGGAUCAGAGGGGUAAACUCAUCUCCCAAGCAUAUGAUGGAGCCAGUGUGAUGAAGGGUGCCACUGCCGGUGUUCAAAAGAAGAUACAAAAUGUCUACCCAAAUGCCCACUACGUCCACUGCUAUGCACAUCAACUCAAUGUAAUAAUACAACAGGCCACUUCUCACAUACCCAAAGUGAGAAUUUUUUUCUCUGACCUUGGAGGAUUUGCCAGCUUUUUUUCGAGAUCACCCAAGCGCACCGAUGUUCUUGAUAAAGCAGUGGCCCAUGGACUGCCAACUUCAAGCAACGUUAGAUGGAACUUUCAUGGCUGUGCCGUCAAUACCGUGUUCGAGCACAGGGAAGACCUCAUCCGCUGUUUUGAAACCAUACGAGACUCGGGUGACUUUGACCCUGUUACCGUCAGACAGGCAGGAGCCUUCGCCAUGCUGCUUGAGGAUAAGGAUUUUAAGUUCUUUUUGCAACUUUUCCACAACAUCAUACCACAUGUGGAACAACUCUUUACUCGACUCCAGAAGAAAGACAUUGAUUCGGGCCACAUCAAGAAGAGCAUCCAUCAGUUUCAGCAGGACAUAGAGAAGAUCAGGAAUUCUCCCCCUUCCCUGGUUGACCAAUGCAGUGGUGGUUCUCAAGCGAAGAGGCGCCGGUCACAUAUUCCAGAGGACCUUGAACAGAUUUCAGCAGAGGCCCGAGUUUUUGCCUCCACAACCACCCGGGCUGCAGUCCGCUUGGCCUGCCGGUAUCAGUCAGCUGCCUCAGGAGUUCCACAAGCCAGCCAGGCCCCAUAG